GGCGACUGUCAUUCACAACCCCCUGAAAGCAAUGCUUACAGCCAAGGUUGUACAGGACUUCUUCAUCUUGCCCUAAGAAUGUCAAGGGAUUCUUCAUUCAAAGGAAUGAGAAGACUCGGGGACCAGUUCUACAAAGAAGCAAUUGAGCACUGUCGCAGCUACAACUCUCGGCUGUGUGCUGAACGAAGUGUCCGCCUUCCCUUCCUAGAUUCACAAACUGGGGUAGCUCAGAACAACUGCUACAUCUGGAUGGAGAAGAGGCACAGGGGACCAGGACUGGCCCCAGGUCAACUUUACACAUACCCGGCACGUUGCUGGCGCAAAAAGAGGCGUUUGCAUCCCCCCGAGGAUUCCAGGCUGAAACUACUGGAAAUUAAACCUGAAGUUGAUCUGCCUCUGAAAAAAGAUGGCUUCACAUCAGAAGGUACAACUCUGGAAGCCUUGCUGCGUGGAGAGGGAAUAGAGAAGAAAACAGACACUAAAGAAGAAGACACUAUACAGGAAAUCCAGAGGGUUUUAGAAAAUGAUGAAAAUGCAGAUGAAGUGAAUGAGGAAGAGGAUUUGGAAGAAGAUAUUCCAAAACGAAAGAACAGGCCUAGAGGACGGCCAAAGACCCCCACCUGGAAAAAAAUUUUCCAGAAAAAUGCUCGGGGAUCUGGAGGUGGCAGGAGACGAAAUGAUGCUGCCUCCCAGGAUGAUCAUGACAAACCCUAUGUUUGUGACAAUAGUUACAAACAAAAGCAUAACUCAAAAAUCUCCGAUAAAGUCUGCGGCAAGCGUUACAAGAACAGGCCUGGACUGAGCUACCAUUACGCUCACACUCACCUCGCCAGCGAAGAGGGAGAUGAAGCCCGAGAGCAGGAGACCCGCUCCUCCCCUGUUCACAGAAAUGAAAACCACAAACCCCAGAAAGGACCAGACGGGGUCAUCAUUCCUAAUAACUACUGUGACUUCUGCCUCGGAGGCUCCAGUAUGAACAAAAAAAGUGGCCGGCCUGAGGAACUUGUAUCAUGCUCAGACUGUGGGCGCUCUGUCAGCCCUGCCCUCAUGGACUCCUACAUCCUUCAAGCAAGACAUUUCAGAAGAAGGCUGCAAGAAGCCAGGAUGCUCUGAUACUUCUCUUCUCCUUGCCCUGACCCUGCUGGAUCUGUGUUUCAUCCGGUACGGGAGCCUGGACUGUGGGAAGCCGGCAGCCAACUGUUCAGAGAAGAUCUGGGGAUGCCCUAAGCUGGUGCAAUACAAAGAAUUUUUUUUUUAGUCUUGAUUUCACUUUCUUCUAAGUGUGUGUAUAAACCUAGGUCAAACUGGAAUUGAUCUACAGUAGAAAUGACUGAAAAAAACAAACUGAAAAAAAGACGUAACUAUUUUAUUUAUUUCAAUAUUUAAGAGAGAAAAGAAGUGCUGAAGUUGCACAGUAUUUUUGUUUGAAAUACAUUUUACUUCAAAUUUUAAAUGCAAUUUUGUGAAGACAUGAGAUUUUAAAAAGCACUUAAUGUAAAAUAAAGACUGAAUAUUUACUUUAAGGAAAAAACCCAUUUUUUAAAAUAUGAAAAUAAAGAUCAACUCUGCUCUCUCUCUUACUUUAAAGAAGCCAUUCAUACAUGUGCUGAGUAUCUUUGUUUUUUGCAAAUUGGAUGUGGUAAGUGAAGAUUGUUCUGGUUUACUUUCUCCCUAAUAAUAUUUUCCUGUUAGAUGCUUAAAACUUAGUUUACUGGCACAAAUCUGAACAAAACUGUUGGAAAAGCAAAGACCAGGCUCAGUGGCAAGUUUUUUUUUUUUGUUGCCAGGUUUUCUGUCCAGGUCAAAGGACUGUCUUCUCCCAGUAGGAUUGAUGUGUCUCUUCUGCAUAGUAAAACAGUUUUCACUUUAGUGACUAGGAAAUACUUCUGCUGGAAGAGAGCUUUGAAAAAGGAAAAACAACUCUGUUAAUUUUGCUCUUAUUUUUUACUUUGGUAGUUCCACAGCUGAUUCCGAGUAGGUUGUAAAGGUGUCUAAAUGUUUGAGUGCUCUGGGCAUGGAACGUCCUGUUGGAGUCGAGGAUGAUUCCAUGUGUAGAAGCUGGGUAUAUUUAGGCCCUCUCUUAAGAACUAGUGGAUUUUCGAAAGGAUAUAGAUGCACCUGCAUGUCAACAGUAAGCAACAAGGGCAACUUGGGAGGAGAAGAGAGUGAGUUUUCUUAGCUACCAUCCUAAAUUGUCCUGUAGGGCAGCAGAGAAAGAAGUUCUCGGUCCUUAUUCUAAGCUGGUAGUUGUCAUCUCAGGUAAAAAGGUGUUCUGCUUCAUCCAAGCACUGGAGAACUUUGUUGGCUGCCAGAUCUGUUCACAGCAGAUAGUGCAGGGCUGUUUGCUGUUGCGUGAUGCGGUCUGGUAAGGAUGUGGGAUAGCGUUGUGUCCGAUAAGAAGGGUAUUGGACUUGCCUCUGAGAGGAGCCCCUCCCUGUAACAGCUACGCCGGAUGUACCUAUUGGGAUAGACCCAAGGUAUAGCUAGAAAAAGUGUCUUUGUUAAUGUGGCUUAUGUAGAUUUGUCUGAGUAAAAAAUGCUAUGAUGUCUACCAAAAAAAAAAAAAAUAAAAAUGCAUAGGUGAAGCUGCCAGAGAGCCUGAUCCUGCAUUUUGUUUCUCGCAUGCCUAAAACUAGAACUCGCCUCUCUGAGUGAGGUCCAUAUGUCAGGAGCAAAGGAUCUUGUCCUCUUCUCCCUUCUCCAUCUCCUGCUCCUUCCCAGGGUAGCACAUAUGGCCAAAAAUAGCAGUGAAAAAUCUCUGGUAGGCAGUCCUGCUCUCACUAAAUUAAAUGGCAAAAUUUGUCAUAAUCAGGCCCUUUAGCAGGAUGCUUUUGUUUUGUUUAUUUGUUGAUUGCUAAACUUGCAGUUGGUGAACUGCUGCUAGCAAAAAAAAAAAGGAGAAAUAAAAUUUAAUUUCAUCAAACUAUAACAAGACGCACAACUGUAAUGAAGCUUUGCAAACUGCAGGGUCUGUAUUCAAUUGUAUAAUAUUCCUGUUAAAUAAAAGCUUGGUUCCAAUGCCCCUACCGUAUAUUUCUCUGUAAAUACUACUUUAUCAAACCAAUUCCACAAGGUCUUUUUUACUGCAAAUAAUCUUCUUUUAAAAAGACAUUGUUGGAUAACAUGCUUGUACGUAUACUUUUCUAAGCUCUCCAUUGUUUAUAAUACUCUCUUUGAAGCCUAAAAUAAAACUUCCUCCUCUAUCGA